AUGCAUGGACGCAAUCCCCUUUCAGCCCAACUUGGAAUUGAUCUGCCAGAAUCACUAGACCUACAAAGUCGUGUCGAUGGAAUCUCUCUCAGUAUUGGGGUCUCUAAAGCUGCAGAUCUGAGAAUCAGAAACUACCAGUAUCGGGACUCCGACUGUGUCGACGUGUCUUGGAAAGCUACUACCUGUGUCACGGAGGUCCUGACCGAUUGCUUGGACCUUGGAAAGGGCCACUGGUACGGGGGAUCUGAACUCCGAGAACAACUCUGGCCGCUGGAGAAGGUGAGCACGAAUAUGAUGCCCUUCGUCGGGACGGAUAGCGACUUCACCGACAACUACGGGCCUGUCCAGGAGCGAAUGUUCUUUAGUUCCGAAGGACAAGGGAUCUAUAUUGAAGAAGACAUCCCACUGUUUGUAAGCAUCAACGCAACCGGGGAUAAAAAGUUGUGUCUCCAGGCUAAAUAUGAUGAGUAUUGGUAUUCCAGUGGCGGCGUCAAUCUCCCUGAGCUGAACUACACAGUAUGCAUGGCUCAGGAUGCCAGGAGUAUCCACCAGCUCUUGUCAGACCGGUACAUCCAGAAGCCAGAAGGAACUCCAAAUCCUCUGCUGUUCCAUACACCUAUCUGGGCAACAUGGGCAAAGUAUAAAGUAAACAUCACCCAAGCAUUGGUAAUAGAUUUUGUCAAUGAUAUCAAGAAGUACAACUUUACAAUAAGUCAGAUAGGAAUUGAUGACGAUUGGACCCCAAAAUAUGGAGACUUGGUCUUUAAUCCUGACACGUUCCCAGAUCCCAAAAGCAUGGUGGAUACACUACACAGUCAAAAUAUUGCCGUGGCUCUGUGGGUCCAUCCUUUCGUUAAUAUCGAUACCAAAGCAUUUCCAUACCUGGCGAGUCAAGGAUGGCUGAUUCCAGAUGUUUCUGGGAAAAGGCCUGCUUUGACUACUUGGUGGAACGGGCCGAUGGCGGGUCAUAUUGACUUCAGCAACCCUGGCGCAGUGAAAUGGUAUCUGGACGAACUCAAGGCCCUGAAGACCAACUUUGGAAUCGACACCUUCAAAUUUGAUGCAGGCGAUGUAACAUACUUGCCACCAAAAUUCAAAGCAAACCAAACAUUUCCCAAUCGUAAUCACUACACACGACUGUAUGCCACUGCAGCUCAUAAUAGCGACACCACUCAGAAUCGGGUAGAAGUCCGCACGGGUUUGAGAACGCAGCACCUUCCCAUACAUGUCAGGGCGUUGGAUAAGAAUUCAAUCUGGACCUUCCAGGAAGGAUUUAGGACCAUCAUAACUAAUGUUUUGACUUUCGGACUACUGGGAUAUCCAUUCAUUCUGCCGGAUUAUAUUGGAGGAAAUAGCUAUGUUGCAUACCCAGACCCUGAGCUGUUUAUCAGAUGGGUACAAGCCAACGCUCUCAUGCCACUUAUGCAGUUCUCACUGGAACCUUGGGCAUACAACAACAUCACUGUCAUAGAAGUAGCUCAGGAGAUGGUUCAACUCCAUGCGAAGUAUGCUGACAAGAUCAUAGGUCUGGCUAACGACUCCUUAACCACAGGCUACCCUAUCAACAGGCCCCUGUGGUGGAUAGCGCCUACAGAUGAAGCAGCCCUGACCGUGGAUGAUCAGUUUCUGCUUGGUGAUGAUGUAUUGGUGGCACCUGUUGUGGAACAAGGGGCGACAAUGAGAAGAAUAUAUCUUCUUGCCGGUAGAUGGCGCGAUGAACUAAAGGGACAGACACAAAAUGGAGGGAAAUGGAUCGACUAUCCUGUUACCUUACGAGACCUUCCAUAUUUCACUAAAAUAGCUUGAUGUUGACAAUUCAUCUCGUAAUUAACAUCGUUUCUCUUGAUGGCGAUUAAACAUCUUUGGAACUCUC